AACUAAAAUCCAAACAAGCAAUAUGCAAGUCAAAAUUGUUGCCCUCUUGGCCGUGGUGUUGGUGGCACAACAAGUCGACGCUGGCACCAUUAACUUCGGUGAUCUAAUGGGCGAUGUCUCUAAGGUGGCCGUGGCUGGCGAGAAAGUGAUUCAUCAGCUGGAGAAUCAGUUGAGCGCGCAGUCAGAUGUGGAAUAUGUAAAGCCCGAGACCUUAAAUUUGCUAAGUGAUAUGGCCAAUGGAUUGGGCGAUCUGGCUAAUGCCCUGACCAACUUACGAGCUCAGCGUGAUUAUGUUCAGCCGGAGCCAAGGAAUCUUAUUGGCAGUCUUAUGGGUGAUAUGGGCAAUGCGUUCGGUCAUUUGGCUAACACGAUUACCAGCCUCAGUGUGGAGAUUCAGGCAAUGCCCAAGACGCGCAGCGUUUCAUCCUCUGGUGCUUCGAUAAUUGGUGAGCUUGGCGGUCUGAGCGCUCAGGCCAUCGCAUCUGCUGCUCAUGCUGCAGCACCCUACGUGAAGCAACUGAACAAUGCUCUCGGGGAUCUUGCUAACUCCCUAACCCAUCUAUAAAUUGAAGAACAUGGAACAGAACGCUUUUGUAUUCUGUAUCUUUAUACUCGCAUGCACAUAAUCAAUCAAUUUGUAACUUUAAUUAAGAGAAUCCUGAACUUUCUGAACUUUACACACAAUCUGUAAAAAGCCAUUGUCUGGCAUUUGAUAUUUUGAAAUCUAAGAACUGUAGUCAAGGCCAAUUUCCAAAGGCCUUUGCUUCAAUAAAAUCUAUUUUUGCUCUGA